AUGGCCUUACCCUUUGGUUUAGGUGCUGGUGUCAGUGUGGGUCUAUACAAACUACAAAAUGAUAACAAUAUCCCAUUCUCAAGCUUUGUUUUGUUUUUGGGUGUUGCUAUGGCCAUCACAGCAUUUCCUGUACUUGCUCGUAUUUUGGCAGAACUCAAAUUACUUCGAACACGAGUGGGAGUGAUUACCAUGUCAGCAGGUCUUUUGAAUGACUGUGUAGCAUGGGUAUUACUUGCCUUGGUAGUGGCCUUGUUGAAUUCUUCAGGUGGACUUGAAGCACUUUAUGUCUUUUUAGCUACUGUUGCCUAUUCUCUGUUCCUUAUUGUUAUUGUUGCUCCUCUUUAUCGUAAACUGGCUGUCUAUACAAACUCUUUUGAAAGAGGUCCAUCUCCUCUUUUGAUGUUUGUCACACUGCUGAUUGUUUUGAUUUCUGCUUUUAUCACAGAUAUAUUUGGUGUUCAUGCUAUCUUUGGAGGAUUCUUAGCAGGCGUUAUUGUGCCUCAUGAUCAUGACCUUGCCAUCAAAAUCACUGAGAAAAUUGAAGAUAUUAUCAACAUUAUUUUCUUGCCCUUGUAUUUUACGCUCUCUGGCCUCAAGACACAGAUUGGAUUGCUGGAUAGUGGUAUUGUUUGGGGAUAUGUGAUUCUUGUGAUUUUUGUAGCAUGUUUUGGCAAAAUUGUAGGCUGUGCAGGAGCUGCCAAGGUCACAGGCAUGACGACCCGAGAAUCAUUUACUGUUGGUUUUUUAAUGAGCUGCAAAGGGUUAGUCGAAUUAAUUGUGUUGAAUAUUGGCCAUGAUGCCGGUGUUUUAAAUGAUCAAAUCUUUGUGAUCAUGGUUGUCAUGGCAUUAGUGACUACUUUUAUGACAACACCUGUUGUGAUGUGGCUUUAUCCUGAAUGGUAUCAGAAACUGACAGCUGAAAGAUUUAUGACUCAAUAUGAUGAUACCAUGUCUAUCCAAAGCAAGCGAGACCCAAGCGUUGUUCCAGGCGAAACUUAUUUCUCGCUAGUGACCAUGCUGAACCGUAUUGAUAGUGUUCCUUCCAUGAUGGCUCUGAUUCGUUUAAUGAAACAAGAGACAGUACCGCCUAUUCAAUUUAACAAGAAUCAACUCGACAUUCAUGCUCUAAGGUUGCUUGAAUUGACUCAACGUGCUUCAGAUGUGAUGAAAAUUCAAGAUUCUCGGGAAACAACUCGCCAAGAUCCUGUUCUGAAUGUGGUUCGUACUUUUGCCAGUUUGAUUGGUAUUGAGUCAUUGCAAACACGUCUGGAGUUUAGCUCGUCUUCUGAAUUUGUUCAUUUUGUGGCUGAUUAUAGUGAAUCUGUCUUUGCAGACAUGAUUCUAUUGCCUUGGUUUACUCAACAACAACAACAACAACAACAACAAAAAAUAGUGGAAGACAUGAGCCCUUUGGAGCCAAUGGACAAUGAUUUAUACCAAUUAUCUGAUACUGAUUUUGCUACCAGUGCUUAUACCAUCACACAUUGUACUAUUGGUUUAUUUAUUGACCGAGGAUUUGGUCAUAUUCAAGAUGGAAAUCCACAACAACAAGCUAGUUUCCAUAUCAUUGUGCCUUUCUAUGGUGGUCCAGACGACCGAGCAGCCUUACUGUUUGCUCUUCGCCUCCAAGUGUAUCGUCAAGGUCAAGUCCUCGUGUUAAGAUACGGUAAUGGAACACCCACCUAUGCCUCUUUAGCCUCUAUUCAAACUACAUUAAACACGAUUCAAGCACAAUCCAACUCAGAUGAAGAACUAUUGAACACAUUGUUUACUAGUUCAGACACUUCCAAUGUCAUUCUUCAAUCCGUCAAGCGACAAACAUCUGAAUUUGCUACUGUACUUGACGGUCUUUCAGACCCUUUGGAUAAACAUGACUUGGUUGUGUUGGGUCGAUCGAUUACAUCCAAUUAUGAUGCUUUACAUCUAUCGACACCUACACCACAUGAUGGGCCUUAUAGUAAAAGCUUUAAGGCUGCUUUAGGCAUGACUGCUCAUCAAAUCUUGUCGACAGAUACCUUGGCCAGUCUAGUGGUGGUUCAAGCACCUAUUCUGAAUCAAAAUGCAUAA